UUGUUGGUGCCUGAACGCGGCGCUUUGGCCAGUUCCCGAGCUCCUGCUGCACCGGCCACAGUCAGUAGCGUCUGCAGACGACUCGCAAAGUCAAAAAUGCCACUAGAUAUGAGCCAGUGGACCGACUCUCUUGCCCUGCAGGAGGUCGAGGAAAAGCCAGCACGGCCUCUGACGGUUAAGUACGAUUCCGUGGAAAUCGACGAGCUCGGCAAAGUGCUCACGCCAACGCAGGUGCAGAGUCGACCCACCUGCAUCGAGUGGGAAGGAUGCGACUCCGCUAAGAUGUACACCCUGGCGCUGACCGACCCCGACGCUCCCAGCAGGAAGGACCCCAAGUUCAGGGAGUGGCAUCACUUCCUGGUGGUCAACAUGAGAGGCAAUGACGUGUCCUCCGGCUGCGUCAUGUCGGACUACGUGGGCUCCGGUCCUCCCAAGGGCACAGGUCUCCACAGGUACGUGUGGCUGGUGUACGAGCAGUCGGGCAGCCUGUCCUGCUCGGAGCCCGUCCUCACCAACCGCUCCGGAGACGGCCGCGGCAAGUUCAAGAUCCAGAGCUUCAGGCAGAAAUACAGCCUGGGAGCCCCGGUGGCGGGAACCUGCUACCAGGCCGAGUGGGACGACUACGUCCCCAAACUGUACGAGCAGCUGGCCGGAAAAUAAAUAAAUCCAAAAAAAAAAAAAAGACUCCACUGUAGAGCGCUCAGCACUAGGAAUUCCCAUGGAGGCUUAUCGUCUAUAGGAAAUUCCCAUUCUUGCAACAGGCAAAAAACCCCAAAAGUAACAAAGCAUUUUCUUUUUUUUUGUGAAUGUGCCACUGAAUAGAAUUUUCUUUUCCUGCUGUUGCCUACUCAUGCUGUGACAAAACUAAACACCCACACUCAUCUGCAAUAAACCUGUUAUGAACACUGA